GACAUUCAUAAAAUUGACGAAUUUGAUAAGCAAAAAUUGUUAUUGAUUAUAUUGUCCAAUGUUAUCUUUAUAAUGUAAAUUAAAAUUUAGUUAGUUGUAAAUUAGGCACUUAAAUAAAUAUUCUGUAAAUUAAAAGUUUUCGUUUGUGAUGACAUAUAAAUAAUUAAUUGUUUGUUUUGUGUAUUAAGAAUGGGUAACACCAGCAAGAAGCUGGCUGCAAAGUGUACACUCUUGACUAAGGAUGAACAGAAGUAUGUUGCGGCUACCUUCCGAGCAGCCAGUAAGAACUCUGAGAGGAUCCGAGAGGAGGAUCUCAUCGUGAGUGGCAAAGUAGACGCAGUGUCAUUAGAAAAAUUUUGGGGUCCACAAAUAGAUCCGAGGCUGGCGCAGUAUCUCACCAAUUUCUUAUUCGGUUCUGGACAGCAGAAGACAGCAACCGUUGAGUUCAAUAGAUUCGCUGAACUAUACGUUUACAAUGUUCGUGGUACAGUUGAGGAAAGAAUGAUGGUCACAUAUAAUUGCCUCGGCAUGGACUACAACGAGGAUGUCGAACUACCCUUCCAGCUGCUAAAAGAGUAUUGUGAGAGCAUCGUGUCGACGUAUAUAAAGAUAGUGAAAUCGUCCUCAUCGAAACGAGCGAGGACAUGGAUAGACAAGGGGUUCAGAGCUACAGCGUCCCACGUGCAAGCCCUGGGGGAAGCCGUUGCGGCGUCCGUUGGGGGUGAUACGGAAUCACCUCAACAUUGUACGGCGCAACAACUUUCGAAAUGGCUUCAGUCAAAUAUUCUAUUGAAACAAGUGGCUGAGUUGGUGUACGUGAAUUUGUACGGAAUCAACAAAAGAGCGGGUGACGAGAGUCCCACCCCCCUGCCGCCAGCCGCGCCCUCCCUACUGCCCGGACCUGACGGUCUGGACCCGAUGCCGGACUACCCCGCGUUCAUCGACAUGUCCCACAUCGUGUGGAUCAACGCGCACUUGCCGCAGCAGUUCCAGCACAAGUGGCGUUUCUUGUUUUCGACUCACAUACACGGGGAAUCGUUUUCAACUAUGACUGGUCGUAUCAUAGAACAAGGUCCAUCCAUAAUAAUAAUCGAAGAUUCCAGUGGUUACAUCUUCGGAGGCUUCGCCCCCGCACCCUGGGCCUUCGGUCCCAACUUCACAGGCACGGACGAGUCGUUCCUGUUCACCUGUGCACCCAAAAUGAGGAUCUACCCAGCCACUAAUUAUAAUGAUCAUUACCAAUACAUGAAUCAUCAUACGAAAACCUUGCCCAAUGGUUUGCUGAUGGGUGGCCAGUUCCAUUUCGGCGGCAUCUGGGUGAAUGCGGAGCCGUUCGGCGAGGGUUCGUCCGCUGAGUCGUGCUCUACCUACCGCGGGUACCGGAGACUCAGCAAGGAGCCCUCCUUCCGCAUCCGCAGUCUGGAAGUGUGGGGCGUCGGGGAUAAACCCGUCAUCGACAAGGACGAGGACGAGCGGGACCUGAGCGUGCUGGACACGAACCCCGAGGCGAAGGCCAUCCUCGACAUGGCGGGGCGCACGCGCCACAGCGAGGGCAUCCGGGAGCCGCCGCCCUUGUAAUCAGCUACAGAGAACGCCAAGUCCUGAGGAUGCUGUGAGGUUCUUGCUACCGCCCCCCACACGAGGCACUAUUAGCAAUAUAUUUAUUUUGGAAAAUGACUAGUCAUUCGAUAUUGAAAUUGUAAAAAUAAGUAUAUUUUCACACGCAUACAGAAAUUAAGAUCUCAUUAUUAAUUUCCGGCUGCUGAGAGAUGCGUUUCCGUUUCUGAUCGAGUUUUUGAUUUUGCUUUUGAUUUAAUUAAAGUUAUUGUAUUAGGUAGGUAGACUGCCCGAUGGGCCUCAUGGUGAGUGCUCACCUAUCUGGAACGCGUGUAUACCAAGUAUUGCUGUUAGGCGAUUGAAUGUUUUUUUUUAUGUAAUAGGCAGGUGGACGGGCCAAUGAUGGUCACCAACACCCAUAGACAUUGGAGCUGUAAGAAAUAAUAACCAUUCCUUACAUCACACCAAUGCGCCACCAACCUUGGGAGCUAAGAUGUUAUAUCCCUGUGCCUGUAGUUACACUGGCUCACUUACCCUUCAAACCGGAACAUAACAAUACUAAGUAUUCCAGUUUGGCGGUAGAAUAUCUGAUGAGGGGGUGGGACCUACCCAGGCGGGAUUUCACAAAGCCCUGCCACCAAGUAAACCAACCAAAAAGUGGUACCAACCCAGACGAGACAAAGGCCAAAUAAAUUAGUAAAAUAUAAUAACGUCAACUAACAUUAGAUUUUAAAAAAUCCUUAUUGCGUAUAACGUUGGGUCGCUGUUUAUGGUCGUACAGCAUCUCUAGUCACGAUAAACAGAUGUCAGCAACGCACUCUCUCAGCGGUCGGACUUUAAUUGUGUUUUUUACUCUGUAACCUCAGUGUUACCACUAUAAUUUUAUAAAUAACAAUUUAAUUUUAAAAAAUGUAGAAAAUUUCAUUUUAAAUAUUUUGAUAUUGAAUGUUGCAAUUUAUUAUUUAAAUUUAAAUCAUGUUGUUUUACGUUAGCGUUUUAAAUUAUUGUUUGAUUAUUUAAAUGAAAUUGCGUGAAUGUGUGUACGUAUACUACUGUCGUAUAGAGAAAAUUCGGGUCUUGCGGUUACAAUUGAAUAUUUUUAAGUAUUAGUAUCCGGUAUCUGUAUUUACCGAAUCGUUGUUGUAUUUGAAUCGAUCGUUUACGAGUUACGAAUACCGAGCCUUUAAAGUCGAUACAAGUUUCCAUAAUAAUAACUUUUUACGUCACAGGUGACUUUGAAAUGUUUUUCAAGUGAAUACUUUUGAAUUACGCGUCAUAAACAAUUCAACCAUCGGUAAACCCAUACAUUAGUACUACAAUGUAUGCGAUUCCUUGCAUGGCCAACGCGCCAUCGCCGCCUGCAAAUUUAGUUACACAGUCUCUUUCCUUCAAACUGGACCACAAGUACAAAAUAUUGAUUCACUAAAGUAAUUUUUGGUGAUUAGAAGACAGCAAUGUUUUCUUCUUACAAAUGUCAAAUCAAUAAUAACAGAUAGACAUGAAUCAUUAUUAAAAUAAACAUUUUUAUAACUAAGGCUAUUAAUCUUUAAUACAAACUAAAAUGUACUUAAAUAACCAGGGAAUAGGUUAUGUUUUUACAAGAUAUUGAAUUAACUUCAUAAUUAUUAUUUUAAUGCUUUUUUUAAAUGGUUGUAUUAGUUAUUUAUCCAUUUCAUCAUACGGCCAAUGUUCAAUGAACAACACGCCAACUUGUAAACAUUGGCCCAACGUUGGCCAAACACACCGGCCAACGUGUGGAAGAUGAGAUGCGGGCUUUCUUUAUAUGACACUGUAAUAUUUAUAUAGCUUUUGCUGUCCUUCGAAUACUAUAUAGUCAUAUAUACAUUUAUAUCCUAAUAUACUAAAGAAAAUUAAGUGCCAAGGGAUUUUAUCCCUUAUUUAUAAUAAGAUUGAAAAAAUAUCGCACAAGUUUUUGAUGUCGCUACAUUCCCGUGUGAUAUGAAGUUACACAUAGACCUUUACUAACUGCACAGCAAAGGAGGGUAAUGAUUGUUUACGUAGCAGAAGGGUAAUGUUAGUGGGGAUUUUUUAAUUUUUCACCACGGCUUCUAAAAUAAAUACCUAAGAGGAUACUGCGAAAAAAGGUUAGCGAUCUGAUUAUUGUAUUUUUGGAAUGAAGUUCUUUUAAGCGGCUUUACAGUAGAGUGAACUGGCAGAAGUCGUCAUGGAUGGCAAAAGUGGAGGCACGUAACCUCCGGGUGACCUCCAGGUGACCUUCCCUCUCUAUUUCUUUUAUCUUUUUCAUUUAUUUGUGAUAACAUUUUUUAAUCGACGACCUCCGUGGUCGAGUAGUGUGUACACCGGUUUUCACGGGUACGCCACUUCGAGGCCCCGGGUUCGAUUCCCGGCCGAGUCGAUGUAGAAAAAGUUCAUUAGUUUUCUACGUUGUCUUGGGUCUGGCUCUUUGUGGUACCGUCGUUACUUCUGAUUUUCCAUAACACCAGUGCUUUAGCUAAUUACAUUGGGAUCAGAGUAAUGUAUGUGAUGUUGUCCAAUAUUUAUUAAAAAAUAAAAAAAACAGUUUUAUUUCUUUUCAUUUAAUUAUUCUCAAAGGUUGGCAAUUUAUUUCAUUGUGUCUGUUAUUGAAUACAUAAUAUAUAAACAAAACCAUCUUCCUUUCAACCAGGUUUGUCGCGUCACAGCUCAUUUAUUCCUAAAUAUCUCGCUUACAAUUAUUUUAAUUUAAUAUAAACUUAAAAUAGUGUGAAAACGACCGUUCCGUACUAAAAUUUUGAUGCCAUGUAAAGAGUCAUUAAUUCGUUCGUUGGUUUCAAGGAGUCUACACGUUAAUUCCGUGGACAUAGUCUGGUGUCUAGGUGUAGUGGCGUUAUUUUAAAAGAAUCAUAGUGACUUGCGUCCGCUCGUACCCGUUGACUCGUCGGCGGGAGGCCCGUGACGCAUUCAGUUGCCUGGUAACAUCAUAUCUACUCACUGCCAAAAGAAGUUGCAUGUUUAAUGCCCACGACGAGGUUUCCCAAGAAACCUCCGACAAAAUGGCCGCCGAACCGUAUCAGCGGUUCGAUCUCCAGUGUAGACUCCAUUUUAUUGACUUAAUUUAUCAAGACUAUUGCCGUUGCGAGGAUCCGUUAUUUUUAUUUUUAGUAUUAACAAUAAGAUUGUCUUGUAUUGUUUGAUUCAUGUUAACGUUUCCAAAGAAAUGUUCAAAGAGUAUAUCUUGUUAAUAUAUAUAAACCCAUUAUGACGUCAAUUAACUGAUGCCAUAACGACGUUGAAGAUCUUUUUCAUUUUAUUACAAAAAGUAAUUAUCUUAUUUAGAUUUAUCUUACGAAAUUUGUCGAAGUUUUCUCGGCAUGUUACGGUAAAACUAUAGUUCAUAUAAUAGAGCGGUUGUAGAAUUCUCGUCGAAGACUAAACUUGUCGAGUAUAUACCGAUAAAUUACAUUAAUUAAACCGACAAAGCUUGUAAUAAAGUUUUUGACUUUUUUGUUAAAAGCCUUAACGUCUAUGUGUAGCUUUAUUGUGUUCUGUGUUGCCAGCCUUGUGUAUCUCAAACUGAAGCUGGCAACACUGUGUCAUAGCUUUUGUGAUAACCAUUUUUACUCAACUUUUAUCAUUCGUAAUACUAAUGUAAUGUUUCUUACAUAUAUUUAUUAUUUAUGAGAGUUCAAUAUUAUUGACGUAUAGUUUUAAGCUGUAAAGAUAUAUUUAUUUAAAUUAUUGUAACGUCGACAAAGGAAAAUUUUGUAUAUCCUUAUUAGCUUAAUAUAGUUUUUUAAAUAAAAAAA